UUGAGGGUCAUUUUUAUCAUCGUGCACAGAGAGGACAUCACAAUAAACCACACACAGCCAUGAGCAGGACGACCUUCUUCGAGGUGGAGGUCCUGGAUGCAAACACAAGAGAGCUGCUUUGUUUUUUAGAUAAGGUGGAACCCUACUCAACAAUAGGAGACAUCAAAAGCCUUUUUCACAAAUCAUAUCCUCACUGGUAUCCAGCAAGGCAGGCACUGAAGCUCAAUCCUAAGGGAAAGUUACUACGAGAUGAUGAAAUAUUACAGAAUUUACCUGUUGGGACUUGUGCCAUCAUGUACUUCCGUGAUCUUGGACCACAGUUAGGAUGGACUAUGGUGUUUUUGGCAGAGUACAUUGGGCCCCUUCUCACCUACCUCCUCUUCUAUUUCCGAGUGCCGUACAUGUAUUCGCAUAGAUAUGUCUUUACCUCCAGUCCUCAUUCUGUUGUCACCCGAGCCUGUGUCUGUCAUACCGUCCACUACAUGAAGAGAUUGAUAGAGACUAUCUUUGUUCAUCGUUUCUCUCACGGGACCAUGCCUCUCAGGAUAAUAGUCAGGAAUUGUGCCUAUUACUGGGGUUUCUCUGCUUGGUUGGCUUACUAUAUCAACCACCCACUUUAUACACCCCCAUCAUAUGGAGACGUACAGGUCAACUUUGCACUUGUAAUAUUUGCGAUGUGUCAACUUGGAAACUUCUCCAUCCACUUGACUCUGAUUCGUCUGAAAGGAGAUGGAGCCAGGAGCAGAAGAUACCCAAUCCCAACAAAGAACCCCUUCACAUGGCUUUUCUUCUUUGUAUCGUGUCCAAAUUAUACAUAUGAGGUUGGAGCAUGGGUGAGCUUCUCCAUCAUGACACAGUGUCUGCCAGUUGCUUUUUAUACAUUAUUGGGGUUUAUUCAGAUGACCAUCUGGGCCAAAGGGAAGCACAAAGCCUACAGCAGGGAGUUCAAGGAUUAUCCAAGAUUCCGAAUGGCCAUUAUUCCCCUGAUCCUCUGAAACAAUGAAGCUGCCAGUAUGUCUAGCACUAUGCAAUUUUUAUCCAUGAAUUACGAGGAGUGGGAUUGAAAGCAAUAAAAUCAUAGCAAUA